ACAUUUUUCGGCAAGAAAAGAAUAGGACUGAAUUAUUUUAAUAACUAGUGACAGUGAUGUUAAGGACUUAAGUCUACUAGUUCUUCAACAAACUUGGCCAAAACCCAGCCACUCCUCUCUCUCUUCACCUUUCGCACAAAUCAUCCAAGAAAUCCAAGAGAGUUGGGGACAAGAUAUGGGUUUCUGCUUCGGAUCUUUUACCAAAUCCACCACUUCCAUCGCCGUCCUUGUGUUCUUGCUCUCUUGCUUCUGCUUAAAAUCAACAGAAGCCUAUGAUGCACUUGACCCAAAUGGGAAUAUCACAAUCAAAUGGGAUGUUAUUAGCUGGACCCCAGAUGGCUAUGUUGCUGUUGUCACAAUGUUCAACUUCCAGCAAUAUCGUCACAUUCAAGCACCGGGAUGGACACUAGGAUGGACAUGGGCAAAGAAGGAGGUGAUAUGGAGCAUGUUGGGAGGCCAAACCACAGACCAAGGAGAUUGUUCAAGAUUCAAAGGGAACAUUCCGCAUUGCUGUAGGAAGGAUCCAACAGUUGUGGACUUAUUGCCAGGAACUCCUUACAACCAGCAGAUUGCAAAUUGCUGCAAGGGAGGAGUAAUUAACUCUUGGGUGCAAGAUCCUGCAAAUGCUGCAAGCUCCUUCCAACUUAGUGUGGGUGCUGCUGGAACCACUAAUAAAACAGUCAGAGUGCCCAAGAACUUCACUUUGAGAGCGCCUGGGCCUGGUUAUACUUGUGGACCUGCAAAAAUUGUUAAACCUACUAAAUUUGUUUCCCAAGAUGGAAGAAGAGUCACUCAAGCUAUGAUGACGUGGAAUGUUACAUGCACAUAUUCUCAAUUCCUGGCUCAGAAAACUCCCACUUGCUGUGUCUCUCUCUCAUCCUUCUACAAUGACACCAUAGUACCCUGCCCAACAUGCACCUGUGGCUGCCAAAACAACGACACUCAGCCAGGAAGCUGUGUAGACCCAAACUCGCCAUAUUUAGCUUCUGUUGUUUCAGGUUCUGGCAAGAACAGCUAUACUCCUCUGGUUCAGUGUACAAGCCAUAUGUGCCCAGUCAGAGUUCACUGGCAUGUUAAGCUUAAUUACAAAGAAUACUGGCGGGUUAAGGUCACAAUUACAAACUUCAAUUACAGGAUGAACUAUACACAGUGGAACUUAGUUGUCCAACACCCCAACUUUGACAAUUUGACUCAGAUUUUCAGCUUCAACUACAAACCAUUAACUCCUUAUCAAGCUAUAAAUGAUACUGCCAUGCUAUGGGGAGUCAAGUUCUACAAUGAUUUGCUAAUGCAAGCUGGCCCUCUUGGUAAUGUUCAGUCAGAGCUACUUCUCCGAAAGGAUAAAUCAACUUUCACUUUUGAGAAGGGAUGGGCUUUUCCUCGAAGGAUCUAUUUCAAUGGUGAUAACUGUGUCAUGCCACCUCCUGAUGCCUAUCCAUAUUUACCAAAUGCCAGUUCCCGGACAGCUAUCUGUUUGCUUAUUUUAAUGGCGACUAUGUUGUCGUCUUUGGCAUUCUUAUGUGCAUAUAUAUAAGAUUCUUCUCACUGGUACAAUCUGCAAAUGGCGUUACCGUAUGAGUUUCCAGUGGAUCAGUCCCAUCUCAGAACCAAUAACAAAUCAACUGAAGAUUUUAUGCUGGCACGCAUAUUUAGCAAAUUCUUGUGGGUUCUGGUGUGCGCAUCAUGAAAAAACUUCAGUUUGUGUUUUGUGUGGGUUAAUUCACAGCCAUUUGUUACUUGCAACUGUUGUACUAAAUCAUAUUGUUUAUAAAAGCUCAAUGUCCAAGGUAGUGCAGAUAUUUAGAACUGUAAUGAGAUAAGAACCAUAUACAGAAAAAUUGAAGCUAAUUCAUGUUUAGGGCUGGUUUGUUUUUGUUCUCA